UCACACACACACACACACUACAUCAUGACUCUGACCUGGAUCUACUGUCUGCAAACACAACCCCUCCAUGUCCUCUCUACUCGAUCGUUGUAAGGGACUGAGUUGACUUGGACCAGUGGUCUUGUGUUCGCGGCCCAUCAGUCAGUGUAACGUUAGUUCAGUGUGUCGCUUUAGACCCGUGUAUGUGUGUAUGUGAUGAUCAGGUGUGUUAGCGCCUAGCCGCUAACGGCCACAGUGUGACGGACUCUCACCCGCCACAGCCACCAAACUCUGAAUGUUUCUUAUGUCUGUGUAAACCAAACAAUCACAGAGUGUGGGUUUCAUUUGGAAAAUCAGCUUUUCAAGUCCUGGAGUUUGCCACAGGGGUCAGUAGAGUGUGGGGUAUGAGUCAUGACGUCUGUGGUGCUUGUAGACAGUGGAGGAGCCGUGGUGGAGUAUAUUACAGCAGAGGACGACCAUUUUACGGAGGAGGGUGUGUAUGAGGUUGAGGGAGAGAUAGAGGGAGAGGUGGAAGGAGAGGUGGAGUACCCUGCGGUGAUUGUGGAGCAGGUGCCCAGUGCACGGUUGGAGCAGGGCUUCGCUGCUCAGGUGCUGGUGUACGAUGAUGAGACCUACCUGAUGCAGGGAGUUGCUGAGGAGCAGGAGGUGGAGACUGAAGUGCUAGAGACAGUGGAAGCAUCAGUUCAUGGCUCUGUUCAAUGCUCUGACAAAACCAUCGAGGCUGCUGAAGCUCUUCUACACAUGGACUCUCCCUCCAGCUUGCGUGGAGACCGGAGCCCAGAGGUAUUUGUGCCUCCAUGUGUCAACACUUCGGAGUUCCUGCAUGCUGCCAUGCGACCUGAUGUGCUGACAGAGACAGUGGUGGAGGUCAGCACAGAGGACUCGGAGCCCAUGGAGGUGGUUACGGUUCUUCAGGAGCCGGAGAUGCUGGAGACGGAACCCACCAAAAGAAGGAAAUCUGGGCGGAAACCCAAACCCCACCACAUUUCAAACGGAUCUCCAGACCUGGGCAUCAAGAAGAAGUCUAGAGAAGGGAAAGGAAGUACAUACCUGUGGGAGUUCCUGUUGGACCUGCUGCAGGAUAAGAACACCUGUCCCAGAUACAUUAAGUGGACACAGAGGGAGAAGGGCAUCUUCAAACUAGUGGACUCCAAAGCUGUGUCAAAGCUUUGGGGCAAACACAAGAACAAACCAGACAUGAACUAUGAAACCAUGGGCAGAGCUCUCAGGUAUUACUAUCAGAGAGGCAUCUUGGCUAAAGUAGAGGGUCAGAGGUUGGUGUAUCAGUUUAAGGAAAUGCCUAAAGACAUUGUCGUCAUCGAUGACGAUAAGUGCGACCCUGGCGACGACGUAAUCGGAGAAAAGACCUACGAGCGCGUCCCUCCCUCAUCUGACACUCUAUUAGCAACUGACCUCUCCAAAACCCCUGCCAUCUUGAGAGGGGGCGGUAGGACUAUGAUCCAUCCCGGUUCCCCAAAAGCUAAAGCUGCGCUCACUGCAACUCCUGUUCAGCGCAUUGUAACGGUCUCUACGUCAAUGGAUCCAUCGCAGCCGUCCCAUGCCACCAUUAUCCCCAAUGCCCCCAGGACUGUGCGGGUUGCUAUGCAAGUGCCGGUCGUAAUGACAAACUCCUUGGGACAGAAGAUCUCCACGGUGGCUGUGCAGUCAGCGAACUCUUCAAUCUUCACUACAGCACCCACCAACACCGGCUCAGCAACUGGUGCGAACGCACCCAAAGUCCUAAUCCAAACCAUGCCAACGAUGGUUCCCGCCACGGCUGAGAACGGUGACAAGAUCACAGUCCAGCUCGCUAAGAUAAUCACCAUCCCCGCAACCCAGCUCACGCAGUGCCAGCUACAGGCCAAACCGGGCACCCCAACAGGCAUCAAUCUGAUGGGCACCCCCCUCGCCGUCCGAGCCCUUGCACCCAUGUCUAUGGCGUCAGGGGCGCAGGUGGUCAGAUUGGCAGUUCCAGCCCAGCAGAGUCCAGCUCAGGUGAAGACGCAGGUCCCCGUUUCAAUCCAGACGCAAACUCAAGUCCCAAUCUCCGUUCAGACGACAUCUACCGUGUCAGUUCCAGUUCAGAUCCAGAUUCAUCAGAGCCAGCUUUCUCCGAAAGCAAAAAGCCCAGAGUCGAAACCUGACAGCACUUCAGCAGAACAGCCUGAGCAGGACAAUCCCACACAGGAAGCAGCAGCAGUGGUUGUAGAGGAAGGUUCAAAUCCACAGUCUGAAGCAGAGAGCUGAAGAGUGAUGCCUUUAGUCAGUCAUGAACAAUAAUAAAUGAACUUAUAUUCCCCAGAUACCAUUCAGUCACAUUCUGAGAGUACAAACUGGAGAUUUGUUGACUUGUACAGUUUUGGAAUUCAAUUGUGGUUUCAUUUUAUAUAUUAAAAAAAAAAAAAAAAUCAGGCGAAGACCACAAUUCUCACAUCAUGUGGAUUAAAUAUGGAUGUCCAUCAUUUCAAUUGAGUUGUUAAGGGGACCAAUGUAAAGGACACUACAUUUCUCAUUUUUUAAAACUUUUUUUUUUAAAUCUAACUUUGACACUAAUAACAUCUAAGCAGAACACUAAGGAGUGAGUAGUUGAAGUAGUCAAGUAUGUGAACCUUUGAGGGAGGAUAAAUUCAACUUUUUAUAACUUUUUUUCUUUAACAUUUAAAUUGCAAGGCAAAACCAGCAGUUUCUUUUGACGAUCACUGUGAGCGCAUGCUUCUGCCUGUGUUUCACAGGAACGGGUCGAUUCUCCCUCCUCCUCUACUAAGGGAAGAAAUGGACUUUGUAUAUAUGAAUUAUACAGUUUACUGAAUUUUUAAACAAUGCAGCCUUAGAACAGUUUUGUUUUUGUCGUUAUUCUUUUAAGUCAAGCUUAUUAAGCUUUUGUGUUAUGCUCAUGUUUUGUUUGAUGUUUUUCUUUUCCCUCACACAUUGUACCAAGCACAGUAUUAUUGGCAAGCAAACUGCAAAGCAUUUUUGCAUUCUCGUCUCAAUCAACCAGAUGAAAAAAAAAAAGACCAUACUGAUUAGGUGUAAGUAAAUCUGGAUCCAAAUCCUGGAAUGAUGCCAAUCCCCCCCCCCAAAAAGGUCAAUCAUCAGCAUGCAUUCUCACGUCAAAUACAUUUGUUGCGCAUUUUUCUUUUGAUUUUAUUAGUCCUUAAAGAGGGAGAACAAGAUGUUUGUGUUCAGAAUAAUCUAGUUUGUAUAUUCAACAUUUGAAGUAUAUUCUAUUUUGUUGUACUCUUGUUUCAAAGUGUACUCAAGUAGAUUUUACUCAAAUACAAAAAUAUUCCUGAA